ACUUCAUCACUCCGGAUCCAGGCCGAGCCGGGGCGGAGCUACACCUUGCCGCUCUCAUUCGGACGCUUUGGAUACUCGCAGUGGUGCAAUAGUUUUUUUUCUUUUCUUCCUCUUGUGGCUUAGUUGGUCUGAUCAAAGGCGAGCGGAGUGCACAUUGUGUCGACAGAUCGCCAUGGGAGCACAGGGCUCAUCGCAGCGGGACGGGAAGAUCCAGGAGGAUGAGUCAGCUUCAGCCUCCGGCGGGGAGCUGAGCGCAGAGGUGAAGGUGCUUCAGGAGGGAAGCAGCGUCCUGGACGGAAAGCCUUUGGAGAAAAAUGGACAAAUCUCCAGUUUGACGAGUCUGAAUGGACACUCGGAGGACAACACACUAGCAGAAGUUGGCCAGCCAGAUGGUGUGCCGCUGGGUCAGAAGGAAGAGGCUCCAGAGAGUACAGAAACUGCCCCGACUGAUGGGACUCCUCAUGUAAACGGCGAGAAAAUGGAAAAAGAGUCGCCAAGCGCAAAUGAUAUUUCCGCUGUAGAAGAGAAGGUAGCAGAGGAGAAGACGGAUGAUGCAGGUGAGGUCGGCUUCAAGAAGAUUUUCACCAUCGUGGGCUUGAAAUUCACCCUUAAGAAGGACAAAAGUGACGAGACGGACCCUGUGACUCUUCUAACGGUCAAAGAUAAAGAAGAGGAGAUCAGCUCAGCUGAAGAACCUGCAAAGGACAAGGAGGAUACUGCAGAUGAAGAGAAAACCCCAUCUGAUGAAAAUAAGGCCCAGAUAGAAGCAUCUACCCCUGAGGGAGAGACCGCUAUAAAAACAGACAAAGAUGAAUCCACUGACGCUCAACCUGAAGGCGCUGCUGCUGAGGCCGCUAAUGAAGAAGUCAAGGAGGAAAAAGCAGAGAAAGAAGCAGAGAGCACACCUCCAUCCAAGGAGACUGGUAUGUCCCCCUUCAGAAAGCUCUUCUUCGUGGGACUCUUCUCAAACUUGAGAAAAAAAUCCAGCAUCAAAACGACGAAGGAAGAGGAGGAAAAGGAGGCUACUGAAAAAGAGGAGACAGCUAAAUCAGAUGAAUCCACUGCUGAGGAGAAGGGGGAGAAAGAUGUGGCAGAGCAGUCAAUGAAGGAGGAGAAUGUUGUGUCAGAGGAGGAAACCAAAGAGGAGGCUGUUGUAACAGAGGAGGAAACUAAAGAGCAGACAGCAGAAACUCCUGUGGAGGCGAAAUCUGAACCUGAGUCCAAGCACGAAGCACCGAGCACCCAGGAGGAGGCGAAAUCAGAUGCUACCCAAGAGGUUACAACUCCAACUGAAAGUACUACUGAUCAGAGCAAGCAUGAAGACCAAAAGGCUGAAGCAAGUGCCGAUGAGAAGGUUCCAGCUGAAGUGAGUGCAGAGGCUGAGCUGCAGUCAUCACAGGAAAAGUCCAAGUCUCACGGAAGCCCCUUGAAGAAACUCUUCACUGGAGCUGGCCUGAAGAAACUCUCAACUAAGAGACAAAAAAACAAGAAAGAGUCAGAGUCAAAACUCACAGAGUCUGGGGAGCAAGGGACAGAACAUCCCCAGUCUUCUGCUGAGUCCGAAGAGGCUGCUAAAGUUGACAGUGGGCCUUCAUCUCCAGAGGCCUCAGGAGAGCAUCCUGUCGCCGCAGAGGCAAGCCAACUUGAGUCCAGCCAAGAGACUGAAGGGGAAGUUGCAUCUGAUGGUGAGAAGAAAAAAGAUAGUGUCAUUGCCUCCUUUAGAAAACUGGUAUCCCCCAAGAAGCAUGCAAAAAGGUCUUCUGAUAGUGAAGAUGAAGGCACAAGUGACAAACCAGCUAAGUCUGCCACUCUGUCCUCAUCCGAGAGUGCUCCACUGGCAGAAAAAAGUGUUGAGGAGGAAGAGGGGAAAGAAGACAAGGGUCCAGAGGAAGAGCCAAAAACUGAAAACACAGAGAAACUGACCAGUAGCACUGAGGAGACCAAGAAGAAAAUGGACACCUCUGUAUCCUGGGAGGCUCUGAUGUGUAUGGGUGGACCUAAAAAGAGGACAAGGAAGACCUCUGACUCUGAUGAGGAGGAGACCAAAGCUGAAGAGGAGAUAACAGGAGCAACAGUAGCAGAAGAAGAUGUGAAAGAAGAGGGGAAAAACGAGGAUGCCACCGAUGCUUCCCAAAAUCCUGAAAACGAAGAAGUAGCUUCUGCACCUGAGCCAGUAAGUGCACCUCCUGUGAGAGAGUCACCCUGGAGCACACUGAAACGGUUGGUUAUGUCAAAAAAUAAGCCCAAAAGUGAGGAGAAGCCAGAUGGGGCUGCUGACCAAGCCCAGCAAGACACAGAAACACAAAAAGAAGAGUCCUCUUUCUCUUUGAGGAAGCUCUUCCCUGGACGUAAGAAGAAGGUGGUAGAAAAGCAGCCAUCUGCAGACCAGGGCUCAGGUGAGGAGGACUCUGACACGCCAGCUGUGGUUCCUCUCUCAGAGUAUGACGACCAAGUUGAAGUAGCACAGGAAGCACCAAAAGAAGCAGCUACAGUCCAGACUAAAGUGUCUGCUGAGGAUAGAGCACCAUCAUGGAUUCCAGCCAGCAUUGAAGGUGCAGAAGACCAACAUGAUCAGCUGAGUGAUAUUCCAGAGGAGGCGGAAAAUGCUGCUACACCUAAAUCUGUCGACACUGACAUUGCAGAGGACGAAACUGACGACCUGGUUGCUCCUCCUACAGGUCUAGGUCGCACAGGACGUAGACUGUCCACCGCCGAGGUGAAGCCUAUUACUCCAGCUCCAGCUGCGGCAACCUCCCCUGUUCCACAGGGUCCCAGGCAGAACAAUGCAGAAGAAAUCAUUGGUGCUAUUGAGGCUCAAAUCACUGAAAUCCCCACCCAGACAUCUGUGACUCUGGAAGAUGUUCCUCUCGAAAAAGCUUCUGAAAAAAACGAGAAUGACCCAGAAACAGAAAACGCCAAGCCUGUAACCAUUGCCCUCCUGGAGAAACAUGCACAAGGUGAGGCCUCGGCUCUUUGUAUCGGUCUUGUGACAAAGGAGAUUGCUGAAGUUGCUGUGGAGCAGCCUGUGGAACCUACAUUAGAAGACAUGGUACCUGUUGGUCAUGCUACUGAUGUUGAAAUGGUGGUUGAGGAGAAGCCGUUAGAACCAGAAGAAGCUGCUGUUUCAGAAGAUCCUGUGCUCCAGGCUCAUGUUAACAAAGUCCAAACUCUGGAGCUUGAGCCUCUUGCAGUCAAAUUGAGUGAAGUUGCAGAAAUUGAAGUGGCCAUUGAGAGCUACGAGUCUGAGAUUGAGAAGCUUGGAGCUGUCAGCACAGAGAACUCUGAGGUCAUUCAGCCCACAAGACGGACGGAGAACUCCCCUAAAACUGUGGUCAGUGCUAUAGAGUCUAUUCCAGAAACAGCUGUCUGCAUCCAGAGUGUAGAAGUCUCUGAGGUAACUAUGGAGUCCAAAGAGGGUGCCAUGGAUGUAGAAGAGGUGGCCGGAGAAAAUCAAAACAUAGAGGGGGCUGAAAUUGCUCUUCCUGCUGUUGUGCCAAGUGAGGAAAGUGCUGUAAUCACUGAGACAGUGUUGCUUGUUGCUCCAAAUGAGGCCAAGAAGAACACAGAGAUUGAGACUCAGAGUGCGGUCAUUGCAAAAACUGUCAUCAAGGAGGCUGUAGAUAAAGUUUUAGAAGAUGCACCACAACCCAAAAAGCCAAUAGCAACCAUCCCAACACCAGUCCAGGCAACAGCUACCAUAGAGGGUGAGACCGGCAUCACAGCUGACCAAGUUGUCAUCACUGACACCCCUGUUCCUGACGUCUAUGAGAAACCAGAUCAAAAAUCCCCUCAGCCCUUAUGUGUUGCUGUGGAGGUCAUAGAGACUGUCCCAAUAGAGAUCACAGAAAACAUUAAAGAGGACAACAAUGAGGAGGAGGAACCCAAAAAGGACUUGAAGAAAGCUGUGGAAGUACAAGUAAGUGAAGAUGCUGUCAUUGAGGAAGAAAUAACAGAGAUCAAAGGCGAAGACGUUGAAGAAAGUGAAAAAGAUCAGGAGGUAGAAGUGAAAGAAACCUCUGAGAAUGGAAACCAGUCGGAGGCCCUUUCAGAGGAGAAAAAGGAGAAGGCGGUUGAGACCCACAUGCCAACACAGGUGGUCCUGCAAUCGGCCGAGGAGGUUGAAGAGCAGCCCGUGAAAGUAGAAACCGUGAAGAUGCUAGAUGGUGAGAGUUCAAACACCAGCGCGACAGCUGAGAAUCCUUCAAGACAAAACAAACUCUCAGACCUGACAGAAGAACCUCAGGAGUCCAGCUCUGCUGAAGCUGCUGCUGCCAGUCAACGCUUGGACGCAGACGAAAGCCAACAGGAGCAAAAACCAUCAGCAAAGUGUGCAGAGGUGAUGGCGCAAGUGAUCGAGGUGAUUGAGGAGGCAGUGAAGGAGAUCGAGCCUGUGUCUACAGAGAUCACAGCAGCGUCAUGAGCAGGUGAGGAUGCAGCACCGUUGCCUGGGAGGCGCACUUGUCAGGACCAGGAAGCGAGAGAGAGAAAGAUCAAAUGAGAGAGGAUGUUCUGUGGUGUCACCUAUGACUGAACCCAUCCUGCACAGAGAGACUGAGAAACAGCUCCUCCUCUCUCCUCCCACCUGUCCUCUGACUCUCCCUUGCAGCUCUGUCACAGCACCAUGACGGCUCACUGCACCCUCACUCACCUUAACACUCAUGCAUGUCCAGUCCCUCAGAAACAUCCUGUUUGGCUUGUUAUCACACCUGUGUACCUUCAGUGACUUCUCAUUGCCCCCGCUGCAACCUGGUGGACAAGAGUGGAAGUGUUUCGUAUGCAAGAGUGUGAAUUUUUAUGUGCAUAGUAGCAGCGGUGUGAGAAGGUGAAAAGAUGGGUGAUUAUUAUCAUGUAUAUUGUAUUUAUAUCUUGAUUAUUCAUUCAUUCAUUCACAACAUAUGUGUUUUAUUUUUACUUUUCAUUUUGUCUCGUUUUGUUUAUCGUAAGGACUUCACGUUAUGCUGUCGUGCAACAGGUAUUUUUUUUGUUUUAAACUUGAUGCGGACACGUCUUAAACUUUCUUAUAAAUUGCAUCCGGCUGAAUAAUGAUAUACAUAAAAAAAAAGUUGCAUACAAGAAAAUUAUUUCAAGGCUUUGUAGGUAAAUAUAACUCAGUCAUGGUACAAGUGUUAUUCCACAGGCAGAGGAGCAGAGAUUAAAAUAAUAACUACUAAAAAUGCACCACGUGCUUGAAUUUAUCACAUCGUGUGCUUCACUCUGCAUUCCCACUUAAUAUUUCAUGAGAUUCAUGUACAUAAGACAAAUUCACUGCCUGAUAUACUGUGAAAAGACAUUGUCACACAUUGUUUAAUGUGAUAAUAAAAUACUAUGAGCUUAUAAUGUGGCAGAAGUAUUUGCUGUGUUACAAAGAAUACACAUGCCAGUUUUUAACACUGGUUCGACAUGAAUUUAUGACAAAACUCAAAUCAUUUCAUGUGUACGGUGUUUAAUGUUUCCUGAUUAAUUACUUCUUCACUUUCUGUGCAGAAACACAGAAAGUUCAUAUGUUUUUCACCAUUUUCUUAUGGGAAAAAAACCCUUUACACCCUUUAAUCCCUGGUUUCUUGGGGUCACGUUGAGGGUGAGCUAGUUCUGCACAACGUUGUGUUCUUCACCAAGCGCUAUAGCUCAGGUUCAUUAAUACUGGCACCAGGGAGGACACAAACAGAGCGAGGGAUGAUUUAGAAAGGCACAAAUUUCAUGGUACCAGAAAUAAAUACAGAAGCUAAUUUUUUUCUGUUAAUCUAAAAGCCAAAUUCAGUUAGGAUUAAUCAGGGAGCCAUGGUCUCUCCAUCGAUCAUAGGACUAGGACACCAGUUGCAUCCAAUUACCUUCCCAAAGUAUCCACCCAGCUACUUUGUGUCAGGCAUUGUACCUCUGUUGUAAAAGGAUGCUUCAAGAAUAGUCCAGCAACUAGACUUUACCACCAAAGCGGCAUAUUUCUGAUUAACUUUUGAAGAAUAGCACCAGGUCAGUCAUGUAGAGCUGCUUUUCUAAUCAGUGAAAUUUAAUUUAGUGGCUUAUAGAAGCUAGCAGUGCUAAAAGCUGGCAUCUCUUUCAGCUUUAAGUUAAAAAAUGUGGACAUUUGUGCCACAGUUUAGGCGCCAAUCUUGUGUGUAAAACAUCCAUAUUUGCUUUAUGUAAUAAUAAGAAAAAAAUAAUUAGAGAAAGCUAGAAAACUAAAGACUUGCAUUUGUUGCAAAGGAUUAGCAUCUAGAGCCUACCCUACCCAUCUUAAGUCCUCCGUUCUGUUUGUAUCCCACAAUAACUGUGAACCUGAUAACAUUUGUACAAAUUGUAUACCUCCUGUAUGUACCUAAAUAAUAUUGUUGUAAUAUUAAUAUUAACAAAUAACCUGCAGCCAUUUAGCAAAAGUUUCAUGUAGCAUGGUCAUAGUUGUCUUUUAUAUUUUCCAAGCUGUUAAUAGUGGGGAUUCAGAAACUUGUCUAUAUUUCAUUCAAUAAAGUUAGAGAAAAUGUG